AUGAAUACCUGCCAGCUGCUCGAAGUCUGGCUGCUGUUGCCGCUGGGUCUGGUCUGUGCCGGUCGGGGGACCUUCAACCGGAAUAGCGAUGAUCAGUUUCAGUUGCUAAUUGCCGGCGGCAUAAUACCGGACAACAGUAAAUAUACCAGGAGUAUUGUGUCCAUACGUACAAUGAAAUACAUUAAAUAUUUUGGCGAUAAUCAUUUUUGCACCGGCGUUAUUAUCAGCAGCCGGGCCAUUUUAACGGCGGCUCACUGUGUCACAGACCGGCACAAGGCCAUUGUGAAUCCGCACGGCAUACUGGUCGUGUUUGGUACAUUGAAUCGACUAGACGCUCACACUGAGGAAUAUAAACGGUUUGUGGAUCGCGUUGUGAUGCAUCCAAAAUAUCGUCGUUAUGUCAACUACGAUGUGGCUAUAUUGUAUUUAAGGGAACGCAUGCCCGAAAAUAUCAGGUUUGCAAAGCCGAUACCGAAACGAAGGCGCCUCCGAAUAGUUGAGGGCAUGAGCUGCAUCACCUUGGGCUGGGGUCAGGUCUAUCCGGUAGUUGUUUUCAAUAAGCUGUUCGAUUACUCUAAUCCACUAUAUUUACCAUAUAGCAUGGUCCGUAUGCUAAUCAAUUGA